UUUACGUAGCUGAAUCUGGUUCUUCACUCUCCCUUCACCUUCACCUAUUUCUCCCCCCUCUCGAACCCUAAUCCCUCUUCUUUCUCUCUUUAAUCCAUAAAUUAAUCAAUUAACUGUUCCCUCGUCAUGACAUUGUUCAGUAAUUCCCCCUUUCUGUUUCCUCAUUCAUUCUGCGUACCUCCAUAUACAUUGUGAGCGGUUAAUUUGAUCUCCAUUCCGAAAGAGAGAGACGAGGAGGAGAAAAGGGUCCUUUUCAAUCGCUAAACAAGUCGAGGGUUGAAAUGACUUUGGCAAUAAUCCAACAGUAUCCUCAUCAAGAUAAUGAAUCUCAACUCUCAAUACUUGUUUGACAAGGCGGAUAUAGUCCCUAAAGUUGGAUGUUUUUCACCUCGGUUUCAUGUGUGUCUGACAACAUAGGUCUAGCUCAAUGCUGCUCAUGGAACUACCAUUCAUAAGACCAAAUAUGAUUUUAUAAAAAAGAAUUAAAAAAAUGGCGUUUCAUUCGGAACAAGAUUCGGCGGAUGAUUACCUUUUCAAGAUUGUUUUACUUGGUGACUCGGGUGUUGGAAAGUCAAACUUGCUUGCAAGAUUUGCAAGGAACGAGUUUUUUGCAAACUCAAAGUCAACAAUAGGAGUAGAAUUUCAAACUCAAAAGAUGGAAAUUAAUGGGAAAGAAGUGAAAGCACAAAUAUGGGAUACAGCUGGUCAAGAACGUUUUAGGGCGGUUACAUCUGCGUAUUAUAGAGGCGCGGUUGGUGCUCUUUUGGUGUAUGACAUCACCAGACGCCAGACGUUUGAUAGCAUUUCUAGAUGGCUUCACGAACUUCAUACACAUUGUGAUAUGAAUGUGAUUACAAUCCUUGUUGGCAACAAAAAGGAUCUCAAAGAUGCCAGAGAAGUUUCAACAGCCGAUGGGAAGUCAUUAGCAGAAACCGAAAGUUUAUUUUUCAUGGAAACAUCGGCUCUUGAUUCCUCGAAUGUAAAUGCUGCUUUUGAGACAAUUGUUAAAGAGAUUUACAAUAUAUUAAGCAAGAAAGUAAUGCAGUCUCAAGAAUUGAAGAAAGAUUCUUCUAUUGGUAGUGGAAAAGGGAAGACUGUUGUUUUAGAGACGAAUAAAGAUGCAAACAAAGAAGAGAAGAAAGAGGAGGAGGCUAAAAAGGGUGGUGGUGGUGGUUGGUGUUGUUCGUCUUAGAUUAAAAUUGUUACUUUGUGUAAUUGUGGUAGGAAUUGUAAAUUACUUGAAAUGGAAGAAAAAGGUUUAGAGCA